CCCGUAGCAGCGGCUCAGGCGCUGUGCUGGGGGAAGAGGAAAAUUCCAGCGCGGAGGAGGCCAGCUCUGCCCCCGCCUCCCCUCAGCAGGGCGCGCGAGAGGCUGGGCUGCGCUGGCCCGGCUCUCGGGGCGGAGCGGGGCAGCGCGGGGAUCCAGUGGACUGCCCACGGCGGACAAGGCAGCGGAACCGCGGGUGCCGCAGGGGGCGGCUCCACGUGCCAAGUUUUCUCCGCGCCGCGGUUUCCCAAGAAGAAAAGCUCAACCUACAGCUCCUCUUCCUCCAUCUGAAACAAAAAAAAAUUUGAAGUUUCUUUAUUUGAUGAUACUGAAGCAACUGAUUACACCAUGGAACAGAAAGAGAAUGUAAUUGAUAAGGACCUAGAAUUAUCAGUAGUCCUUCCAGGGGAUAUGAUCAGAUCUACUACUGUGAAUGGCAGCAAACCCAUGAUGGACUUGCUGAUUUUUCUCUGUGCACAGUAUCAUUUAAAUCCAUCAGGCUAUACCAUAGAUCUGAUUUCAGCAAAGAAGAGCCAGAUUAAAUUCAAACCGAAUACACCUAUUGGAAUGCUUGAAGUAGACAAGGUGAUUUUAAAGCCAAAACAUAUGGAUAAGAAAAAGCCUACUCCUACAAUGCCAGAGCAAACAGUAAGAGUAGUAGUCAACUACAAGAGAACACAGAAGACUAUAGUGAGAGUGAGUCCACAUGAACCUCUUCAAGAGUUCAUAGCAAUUAUCUGUAGAAAAUGUGAGUUUGAUCCUUUGCACACUGUAUUGCUGAAGAAUUACCAGUCUCAGGAUCCCCUUGAUGUAACAAAAUCUCUCAAUGACCUUGGACUAAGGGAGUUGUAUGCAAUGGAUGUCAAUAAAGACACUUCAGCUGCUGACUUCAAUUUAUCCUCUUUGCAAGAUUCCUGCCACAUGUCUCAAAACCUAAGUACUUUGAAGGAGAAAGAAAAUAAAGGAUUUUUCAGCUUUUUUCAGCGAAGCAAGAAGAAACGAGAACAAACUGCCAGUGCCCCAGCCACUCCUGUGAUGAGCAAGGCCAGGCCAACUUUUAUCAACCGAUCUAACACCAUUUCCAAGCAAUAUGACUCCAACACAUUGCCAUCUGAAAUGCCAAAGAAGCGGAGAGCACCCUUGCCUCCAAUGCCUUCAUCUCAAAGUGUCCCACAGGAUCUUGCACAUGCCCAAGUCAGACCCACAUCAUCCUGUAUAGUGAAAUCAAGGAGUGUUGAUGAAAAUGAACAGGGGCAGUCAAAACUAGGAAUCGUGAGAACAGGUUCUCUGCAGCUCAGUGGCACAUCAUCUGUUAAUUCCUCUAUGAGAAGGACUAAACGCAAAGCUCCUUCCCCACCCUCGAGAAGACCACAAAACCAAAGUGACAACAGUAAAAGAACUGCAUCAGAGUCUGCAGAAUCAAUCCCUACUGUACAAAGUAUUGUGGAAGAAAGAGACACAGAAGUACGAUUUCCAACAGGUGAUUGUUCUGUGAGUGCAGCUGGAAUUUGCUCUGAGUAUAGACUGGAUGAGAUCAAUGAAAAGGAAGAAAAGAAUAUACGACUCAAAGAAGAAAAUGAUAGUGCAGAUAGCUCUUCUAUGACACAAGAGGUUUCUCCUGCCUUCGUUUCUACUGAUGCAUCACUAGAUACCAAAAAAAAAGAUUCUGCUCCAUCAUCUUCAGUUUUUGGCAGUAGUUCUGUAGAGAACCCACAAAGUUCCAAGGAAGAAAAUAUGAGCACAGAUGGCAAAGGACCAUACAAUAAGAUAGACAGUGAGCACAUUACAUUUGAAAAUAACAAGAAGUUGGGAAUAUUGGAUCCAGACAAAAAUUAUGAUUGCAGUGGCACAGGAUUCCUUCUGGCAACCACAGGAGAAAAAGAAAAUCAACCUAAGAUGGAGGAAAUUAAUACAGCAGAUGUCAGAGAAAAAAAUAAGCUUGAAGCUAACAGACUAUCAAACUGCCAAGAGUAUAAAAAUGAUAUCUCUACAAAUCAGGAUAAUUCACAAAUAAAUCUAGGAAAACAAGAUCAGAAGCUGAAUCAAACUAACAUGGAGACAGUAAAAACUCAGGAUGUCGCAAUUCAGACAGCUGCGUUGGAUAGUUUUGGCAGGACUGCGCUAAAUGAACAGGCUGUCCUUCAGGAUUGUGAGUCCUCCACAUUCAAAGAAGUAGCCCAUGUGCAGAAUUUGGAUGCGGACCAUCCACCUUUGCAGUUGAUGAAUAAAGUGCAAGAGUCUGUAACAGUUUCAACAGAAUUCAGCCAUAAGAAACAGGAAGUUGCAGAUGAUAAAACAAUCCCCAUAAAACAUCAAAGUAAUAUAUUAGAGAAUGAUUGUGGUCUUGCCUCAUCAGAGAGUGCUCCAAAAAGUCCAGUUACUUCUUCUAAUAAAGGCUACCCACUUUAUAGACAGGACUCUAAACCUAAACCCUCUAAUGAAAUUACAAGAGAAUAUAUCCCCAAAAUUGGAAUGACUACUUAUAAAAUAGUGCCUCCAAAAUCCUUGGAAAUAGUGUCUGACUCUCAACCUUGUAAUAUGUCAGACAUAAAGGAUCAGAAUGGAGCCACUUCGGAAAUGUCCCCAGAGUCUGAGCGUUCAAAAGAAUUUGGAGUACAAACUGAAAUUCUUUGGGUUUCGAAAAGUACACGUCAGUCAGAGUCUGGUUUAACUGCCAAAACUGAUUCGUAUUUUAAUAAUCAGCUGCACAAAAGUAGCAGAAUUGACAGUGCCUCAGUUUCUGAAUGUGGGCUUACUACUGAAAGCAAACAAAUAGAAACAGAAGCUUCCAAACUCAAUAUAGGCAAUGCCAUAACUCCAUUGAAGCUAAAUUCAGGUAGCACUAAUUCUUCACAUGUGGCUCAAGAAAAAUCAAGUGUUUUGAGUCCUACAAUGAAACCUAGUUCUUUUUACUUACAAAUGCAAAGAAGGGCUUCAGGUCAUUAUGUAACAUCUGCAAUUGCCAAAAGUGUCAGUGCUGCUACUAGUCCUACUCAAAGUGAGGCUAUAAAUGCAGAGAGAGAGAAAAACUUAACAUCACCAGAUCAGUCUUUUUUUCCUUUACAAAAAACAAUUAACUUUCCUGCUCAAUUAGACGAAGAAAAGAUUGAUGAGAGAAAAAUUGACACCACCUCCUCUUCUGUUAAUACUGCUAAACCUUUGAGUUUUCCCUCCUCUCAGCCAGCAACACUGAAUUUAAGAACUCUUAGAACUUUUGCAGUUCCAAAACCGUAUUCCAGUUUUAGGCCAUCUCCCUUUGCUCUUGCUGUCUCAUCGGCAGUCAAAAGAUCUCAGUCAUUCAAUAAACCACGUACCAUUGGUAGCCAGCCAUCAAGAGAGGAAUCUCCUGUUGCGCUAUCCUCAGCAACUUCCAUAGCAGAUGUAAAGAAGCAAUUUUUACAGACUUUAACAGGAGGUUCUCAAUACAGUCCAAUGGAUAAGAAAAGUAACUGUUCAAACAGUGAACAAAACACCCAGGUGCAAUCAUCAACUGACCACCCAACAACUGUCUUUGAGAGAGAAACUGCUGUAAAGUUCCAGAGCUCUGACCCAGAACAGAUCCACCAGAGUCUGAUGGCUGCUAUCCGCUCUGGAGAAGCUGCUGCCAAAUUAAAACGGGUUGCUGCUCCAUCAUAUACUGUAUCUAUCAAUGGACGAUCCAGGCUCACUCACUCAUUUUCCACAGAAGAAAAAUAUAACCAUUAGACAUUAUACCAAGUAGUUUGCACUUUAUUACCAUUGCCUAAGCCAACUUAACACUAACUGCAAAUUUUUGCCAAUGUCAAUUAUACAUUCUCAACUAAAAUACAGGAAUUUCAUGUGGAUCUCUUAAUUCUUGGGGAAGGUUUAUUAGAAUAUGUAAUUUAUAGUUAUAUUGUUGCCUUUUUUGUACAAGCUGAAAAUGCUGCUUAACUUCAAGAAAUGGUGUAAAUGAGUUUCAUUUUUGUUUAAAUGAAAAUCAAAUAUUGAUUUCAUUUUGUACUGUUAGGACUCAGUACAUGUAGCAACAUACUGAAGAUUACCAAUGAUUUAGAGGAAUCUGACAAUUUCAGAUUCUUAAGUUUGUAAUUGUAAAAUACUUUGGUUAACAAAUUACGAGUUUAAAUAUACAUCUGCCACUUGUAGCCUUAAUGUUACCUUGUUAAACUAAAUACUGUAAUUAACCGAAAAUCUUACAAUUAUAUUCAAUGAAGCACAAAUUAGAAUCUCAUAGAAUAUAGGUGUGUUUCCUUUCUUCAGCUAUGCAUUGGAAUCAAUAUCAUUUGGCUUUUAAUCUACAUAACUUUUUUUUCCUAAUAGCACAAUAAAGCAUCAGGACCAAAAUGAUCAGAAGUUUCUAUACUAUUAUUAAUAUUUUCUUAACACUAAUACUAUUUACUUUCUCAUUCUGUUCUAUAACAAGUAAUUUUUGAGAAUCGCUUUUUUCUCUUAAUAUUCUGAUAAGCAGUAAGUACCAGUUACCUUUUUAAAUAUUGUCAUCGACGUGUAGAAACAAUGUUAGGAAAAAAUGAAAUUCCAGUUUUGAAAUUUAGUGAAAGAUUAAAGAAAUAUGCUCACAUGACUUAUAACUAAAAGAUCCUAAAAUGCUUUGGAAUUAUUAAUGUAGACAGUUUAUUGUACUCUUAAAUCAUCACAGUAAUAGGUGGGGGAAGCACAUUUUACUAAAGUCUAUAGAAUACGUAUUUUGCUACUGAAAUAUAAAAACUUGAACACUCUAUGAAAAGAGAAUGCCUAAAGAAAAAGAAGAAAAAUGCAUAGUGUUUUAUCAGUUUCUUUCCUGCCAAGAUAAUUUGUAGGAGAAAAUAUGUUCAUUUCUGAUCAUAGUGUCUAAAAACUGGAUUGUAGAUAUUUUCUAAAAUAUUUCAUAUUGGGUUUUCAUUGAGAGUUAAUUGUUUCUUGGUUUUAGUCUUUAACAAUGUUUUGUGCUAUAUAAACCGUUUGUAACAUUCAAUGGUAUUUUAAUUGCACAAAUUGCUCUGUAGUUCUUCAUUUAAGAAAAGGUUUAUUUUGAAGAAUGGCAUAAUGCCAAUAUUUUUGUGCAAUAAACAGAUCAGUGUAUAUAACAUUCACUAGUUGGGAGCGGUCACAUGCAUAACUAUAUUAAAGUUGUAACCGAUUAAAAACCUUCUAAGAAUGUCCUACUAAACAAUAAUUCUUAAAUACUAGAGCAAUGAAUACGUAUUCACACAAUGCUGUUCUCAUUCAUUCUGUUUUUACCCUUAAAUCCAGUGUUUAAAUAUAUCACCUCUUUUUUUUUCUUAAAAACAAAUCCCAAAAUUUGAUUGGGAAAUGAAACAAUCUGUCUCUGUUGGGGGGGAAGGGGGCUCCCCCCAAUUGUUGCUUGAAAAAUGGUUUUCAUAGGUCACUGGAAAAAAUUGUUACCCUGUUGUACAUGCCACCAUCUUUUAUCUUUCAUGCUUCACUUUUCUAGAUGUCACUGUGUCUUUAGGGAUAUAUUUAGACAAUGUAACCAGCCAUUGCUGGUUUUGUGAAUAAAACCCACAGUUGUCCUAGUGACCCUCA